UCACCUGCAAGAUUAGACAUGCUGAGGCUCAAGCUCGCUGUUGCCGUGUGCCUUGUUUCCCUGGCGGCGAUUGACCGCGCCGCAGGUCAAAACUUCGGCCAGGGUGAGUGGCGAAGUGGUGCGAACGGUGGCGUGCCGCCGGGCGCCUUCGUCGGCGGCCACGACAACGGCCAGCCGGUGUACGUGGCGCGGGCCAGCUUCAGGGGCGGCCUCCUCCCUGGCAAGUUGGUGUCCCGACUCGGACAGGCGUACGUGCCGUUCUUCAACAAAGAGUACAAGGUGCAGAACUACGACGUGCUGGUCGGCUCCAACUACAAGUGGGACACGUGGGCCAACACCAAGGACUACUACUGGCCCAACAGCGCCGUCGUCGGCGGAUACUCGGCCCAACAGAAGGACACGCUCUACGUCUGCAGGGUCAAUGCCGGCAACAACAAGGAGUCCAUCGGCAAGGUCCACCUUCGUCACAAGAAAUGCUUCUAUCCUCACAAUGGAAAAGAGUACGACACUAGUUAUUUCGACUUGCUUCUUAAGUUGUAAGACAUCAGCAUUUUUGUAAUUGACGUUUCUGCAACAUAAGCAAAUAAUCAUCAAAUAACUCGCACAGCAUAUUUAAUUUUGGGUGUUUUAUUAGAUUAACACCCCAAAAGAUGAAACAACAAAUGCGGUUUUAAUUUUUUUGUAUCUUAUUUUACUGAACCAAGACAUUUUCAAAUAAAAAUUAAGCAACUUCGGGAAAA